GAACGACGCGGUGUCCAGUGGGACACGGAGCCCCGAAUAGAUCGUGUGUCCGUGACCCGGCAAGGAUACACGACUUCUGGUCUAUCCGCGAACCUACCGACCAUUUCUGUAGUCGGAGCCCGACGGGAGGAGAUGAAGGCCCUCGCCGGAUUCCUCUCCCUCCUCCUCCACCUCCUUCUCCUCUCGGCCGCGGAGUCUCGGCGUCUCCGCCUACCGCGCAGCAGCAGCGCCUACCUCACCAAAGAAGAGCACUGGUUCAAUCAGACCCUCGAUCACUUCUCCCCAAUUGACCAUCUUCAAUUCAAGCAGCGGUUUUAUGAAUUUCUUGAUUACUAUCAAGAUGGUGGACCCAUAUUCUUGAAAAUAUGUGGCGAAUCUGCCUGCAAUGGGAUUGUUAAUGAUUAUACAUCAGUAUUGGCAAAGAAGUUUGGUGCUGCUUUGGUUUCUCUUGAGCAUCGCUAUUAUGGGAAGAGUUCCCCUUUCGAGUAUUUAACAACAGAAAACCUAAGAUUUCUAUCUUCAAAGCAGGCUUUAUUUGACUUGGCAGUUUUCCGCCAGUAUUAUCAGGAAUACUUGAAUGCAAAAUACAAUAUCUCAAAAGUUGAAAAUUCCUGGUUUGUUUUUGGUGUUUCAUAUCCUGGAGCACUCAGUGCCUGGUUCCGUUUGAAGUUCCCUCACUUAACAUGCGGAAGUCUUGCAAGUUCAGCUGUUGUUCUUGCUAUCUACAACUUCACAGAAUUUGACAAGCAGAUUGGAGAGUCAGCUGGUGCUGAAUGCAAAGCUGCCCUUCAAGAAGUAACCAAACUUGUUGAUGAACAACUUCAGUCCAAUGGAAGUUCAGUGAAGAAGCUGUUUGGUGCAGUCUCGCUAAAAAAUGAUGGUGACUUUUUGUACUUAUUGGCCGAUGCUGCAGUCAUCGCGUUUCAGUACGGCAAUCCAGAUGUUCUAUGUACCCCACUUGUUGAUGCCAAGAAGAAUGGGAAAGACUUGGUGGAAACAUAUGCUAGCUAUGUGAAAGAUUAUUACCUUGGACAAUUUGGGGCAUCAGUUUUAACUUACGAUCAGCAACAUUUGAAGAACACAACUCCUGGUGUAGAGGAGAGUGCUGAUAGACUGUGGUGGUUCCAAGUUUGUACUGAGGUUGCAUAUUUCCAAGUGGCACCCCAAAAUGAUAGUGUCCGUUCUUCAAAAAUUGAUACAAGGUACCAUUUGGAUCUCUGCAAAAAUGUUUUUGGAGAAGGAAUCUAUCCUGAUGUGGACAUGACCAACAUAUACUAUGGAGGCACAAAAAUAGCUGGUUCGAGGAUCAUAUUUACCAAUGGCUCACAAGAUCCCUGGCGCCACGCCUCCAAGCAAACAUCAUCCCCAGAUUUACCAUCCUACUUGAUCAAAUGCCAUAAUUGUGGACACGGUACUGAUCUUAGAGGUUGUCCCCAGUCGCCUCUGAGCAUUGAAGGUAAUGCUGAAAACUGCACUUCUCCUGAAGCAGUCCAGAAAGUGAGGCAGCAGAUGAUAGAAGAUAUUGACCUGUGGCUCUCAGAGUGCCAAAGUAUAGAAGGAGGGAUGAUUUCAAGUGCUUGAUUGCUUUCAUAAUUCAAGUUUAUUCUGGAAGCCUAAUUCUUCUUCAGUGAUAAAUUGAACUAGAGAGGAAGAAUAUAUUUGUUAGGUAUGCUGCAUAAAUCAUAUAUCUGAGUGAUUAAUGAUGGACUUGCUCAUCUAAUUUAUGUAUUCGCAGAAUAUUUCUUUGCUCGCAAAAUGGCUAAAGUCUUAUGACCUUGUAAUUGUUAUGUCUAAAAUUUUAUUUGUAUAACUAAUUGGAAGUAUCUAACUUAAAAGGAAAAGAAUAAAGAUACCAAGGGCCUUUUUAUUA